AUGGCCGAAGCUACCGGACAAACUUUCGACGCUGACCGCGGCCAAUAUUGGAGCGGCGAGAUUGAGGCAGGCACUGCCAAGAUCACUCGGUACCAAGAUGGUAGACCUACGCGGUUUACCUUCAAGAAACCGUUCCAGAAGGCACCGCAUGUUCAAUUCACCCCUGACUUUGGGGACAACCCAGCCGCAGGAUUCAAACAGUCUUGGCUUUACUUCCUGGGCCAGGGAAAGCCGGCGGUAGAUAAGGAGGGCUUUACCGUGGGAUGCUUUACGGACGUUGGACAUGAGCUGACGUUCAGGUACACCGCCAUUGAGAUACGUGAGAGAUACUGA